CUUCCCCACAAAGACUGUAGCAAUGGAGAGGAAUGCAUGGUUAUGUCUGAUCUACUCUCUUGCAUUGUUAUUACGAGACAGCAGAGCCUUCCCAAAUCUGUAUGUGGCGACGGGCAGUACAGUCUACCUGACUAUGGACAAUGGUACCCAAUUAAACUUCCAUGAAUUCGACUGGUAUAUGAAAACUUUCAGAGUGGCCAAGUUGAGAAAUUCUACUGUUCACUAUUAUGGAAGGCAAGGUGAAAUCUUUUUGAAUGGGACUCUCAGACUGGACAAUGUUCGCAAAAAUGAUACUGGAGAGAUUACAGCUAAAUUGUUUGACAAAAAUGGAAAAAAUAUCCUCCAAAUCAAAUAUCAUCUCAUUGUUACAGAUCCAGUGUCUCAGCCUAUCAUAGAAUAUACCUGUUCACAAGGACAAUCGGAGUUUCACUGCUCUGUAGAGAGUGACAAUCCCUUGUAUUCAUGGAGUUUUAAUAACAAGCCAUUGCUUGGUGUUGGCAUUUUUCAUAAUGUUGAAAACCAUAAACUCAGUUUAAGGAAUUCUUCUGGCAGAGUCACUUGCACUGUUUCAAAUAAUGUCACCCAAAAUAAGAGUGAAACCCUUGUUUUUUCUUGUACAGAUUCAAUGCAGGUGACCGGAAGUGGCUGGUGUAUUGGAAUUAAAUUUUCAGCCAUUAUGCUUAUUUGCAUGAUAGCAUCUGCAUUUCACAUCUAUACUCGAAAACAGAAUAAGCAGAAUAUUUGAAGUCCAACUACAGUGACAUUGCCAGGAUAAGAAAACUCCAUUUCAGGAUGAUGUAAUGUGCUUUGGGUUUUUUAAUAGUUUUGUCAACCUUGUACAUAUUAUGGACAUAUCUGUGGUUAUGAAAUAAAACAAGCCUUUAAAUAAUA